AACGCGCCCCACUGCUUGUGGAAGGUGAGCGAGCGUCUCUCGAGGAGAGGAAUCGAGAACGCGGUCGCCGGGAUCGAUCGGAUUAAAUUUGAAUAGACUGAAAUUAACACAAAGGAGAGAGAGAGAGAGUCAGCGAGGACGGGACACGGAGACACUGAAACUAAUAACAACCACUGAAUUUGUACAUUUAUAAAUAAAGUUGAUUUUUUUUUUUUUUUAAAGAUAUAUUUCUGUUGGAAAUACACACUAACGAGACUUAAUUUGAGACAACCCUAAACUAACAGGGUCCCGUAAGCUGACUUUGCCUGACUCUGCAUUGUCUGACAGAAUUAAGGAAAUAUGGAGUGACAUGCAGGAGAUUUAGUUAAAGGAUUAAAAGCUUUGAGGACAUACGCCUCAGUGGAAGAAGCACAGACUAGCUCUCUUGUAGUAACAGCAGCACCGCAGGGGGAAGCUGCGGGCUGAGAAGGAAGGAAGGAAGGAUGGCUGACCCUGGGAUGAUGAGCUUAUUUGGGGACGAUGGGAAUCUGUUCAGUGAAGGGUUGGAGGACCUUGGUGAGUGCGGCUUUCCGGAAAGCCAGGUCAACCCACUGGGACCUCAGUUGCCCAUUGACCAGGGUUACGGGUCUCUGCCAUCAUCCCUCCACCACCCGCCACAGCCACCACCUGGCCAAGGCCAGCCCAAACUAAGCCACUUUGACCACUUCAGUCAGUACGAGCAGCAGAAGAUGCACUUGAUGGAGCAGCAAGGAGGUCGGAUGUUGUCAAACGCACCUGGGAACGGGAUGUCCUCUCCUCAUUCGCAGUAUCACAACCCUCCCCCACCAGUCUCUCAUGGAGGUGGAGGUCAAAUGGGUGUCUACCCUGGCCUUCAGGGAGAGAGACAUGGCCAGCCCUUUGUGGACAGUGGCUCUCUCUGGGGGCCUAGGGCCGUUCAAGUCCCUGAACAAGUCAGAGCACCUUUUCAGCAGCCGCCGACUCAACAGUCAGCCCCUUCUGGCCAUGUUCAACAGAUGGGUGCUUACAUGGCCCGUGGGGAUUACUCCAUGCAGCCACACAGCCAGACACCCACUCCUCCCAGGAUCAACCCAUUCUCCCAGGGCCCGCAGCAGGAGGGAGGCAGAGGACCUCCGGCCAAUCACUUCUUGGGCCACAUGUCCCCACAGCAAAACCCGAACCUCGUCGGCCCACCUAUGCGCCACCCAGUACAACAGCAGCAACCGCAGCAGUUUCACCACCGCCCAACUCAGGGCAACCUCCACCCAGAAUCUGUUGCCCAUAGCCCUCGCUUCUCCCCCAGCCCCUCACAACCGCAGCAGCAACAACAGGUUGUAGCAACAGGGAGACCCCAGCAAAGCCUGACCUUCAAUUCGCGGAACCAGGCAGUCCCGUCAACCACUGUAAACAACUCAGGGCAGUAUUCUCCUUACUCUCCGUAUAGCAACCUCAAUCAGGGAUUAGUGAACAAUACAGGGAUGAGUCCCAACAUUGGCCUUACCAGCAACAACACCCCCAUGACCCAGGGGCGCUACCCCAAUACUGCCGUCGGUUUUCCAUCAAGCACCUCCCAGGGGCUAAUGCACCAACAGUCAAUUCAAGUCAACCAAAUCAAUUCCCAGCCUAUGCACCCCACCCAGCAGCCGCAGCCAGCUCCACAGCAGCAACCUCAGGGAUCCUAUGGUUCUCCCCCUCCCAUGUCCCCCAUGAAGGCCUUGUGCAACCCUGCUGGAACGCCUCCCCCGCAACAAGUCAGACCGGGGAGUGCAGGCAUGGUAAUGGAGGUUGGGGGUUACCCCAACAUGCCUCACCAGCCUCCGGGAGCAAUAGGGCUGGCCCAGAGGAACAUUGGCCCCAGAGGCCUGCAGCAGCCACCUUCCUCACAGCCCUAUAUGGGCUUGUCGCCCAGCCAGAGAGACAUGGCUGGGGGUCUGCGCCCUGCUGGAGGGAUUGGGGGGAACCAUGCUGAGGCACCGGGGAUCCAAGAACUGCGUCUGCUCGCUGGACCUCCCCAGCAGCCACAUCAUCCAGGACAACCGUUGCUGCCACCACUGCCUUUUCAGAAGCAACAGCUGCCAACAUGCCCACCCAUGCAGCAGCAACCACACCUGAUCAUGCACCACCAGAACUCUCCUCCCCCACAGUCUCACCACCAGCCGUGGGCGCAGCAACACAAGUCCCCACCUAUGCCUCAGAAAGUGCCUGUUCAACAGCCUUCUCAAUCAGAUCCAUCAGUCAAGAUACCAGCAUCAGACAUGACACAGGUUUCUAGCCAGAACUCUCGGCUGGUGAACUGUGAAGAGCCGCAGACUGAACUGGAGCAGAAGCAGCAGAAAAAGAAAAAGAAGAAAAAAGCCACUCGGGUCCGCACUGGGGAAAUCACUAAAGACACUGGAGAGAAGACUCUCCAGGAAGGACUUGGCCCUCUGAGCCCAGAGACAUGUGGCUUUCCAGAGAAGAAGAAAAAGCCAAAGGAGAAGAAAGAGCCUAAGGAACCUAAAAAGCCCAAGGAACCCAAGACUCCGAAAGCUCCCAAAACACCAAAAGAACCCAAGGAGAAGAAAGUGAAAGCGACCACCCCAAAACCCAAGAGCACCAAGAAAGCCAGCAGCAACAAAGCUGAUCCAGAGAUAAGCACUACAAAGAAAAAGGAAGGAAAACGUAAGCGGGAAUCCUUAGAUAAUUCAGACUUGGAAAAAUCACCCCCUCCUUCACCAGAGGAGGAGGAUGAUCUGGGCAUUCAGAAGAGGCGUUCCAGCAGGCAGGUUAAAAGAAAGCGAUACACAGAAGAAUUGGAGUUCAAAAUCUCUGAUGAUGAAGUGGAGGAUGUGGGUGAUGGUACAGGAAGAAAAUCUCCAUCAAAUACUUCGCAGACAGAGCCGCAGGAGGUUCCUGAUGAUGGUCCUGUGGUAGAAAAAAUCAUGAGUGUGCACAUGGGAAAGAAACAGUUGGAGUCUGGGGAAGAGGUGGAUGUCGAAGAAUUUUACGUCAAAUUCAAAAAUUUCUCCUACCUUCAUUGUCGAUGGGCUGAUUUGGAAGAGCUGGAGAAAGACAAAAGAAUCCAUCAGAAGAUCAAGAGAUUCAGAGCCAAGCAGUCUGUCAAGUUCCUCAGUGAGAUGGAAGAUGAGCAUUUCAAUCCGGACUAUGUGGAAGCAGAUAGAAUACUGGAUGUAUCUGAAAGCACUGAUGAUAAUGGAGAGACUGUCUCUCACUAUCUGGUGAAGUGGUGUUCACUUCCUUAUGAAGACAGCACUUGGGAACUGAAACAAGACAUCGACCAGGCUAAGAUUGAGGAAUUUGAGAAACUGAUGGCCAGAGAACCUAAACAGACACGUGUGGAGCGACCUCCUCCCAAUGACUGGCAGAAAUCUGAAAGUUCCAGGGAAUAUAAAAAUGGUAACUCACUCAGGGAAUACCAGCUGGAGGGAGUCAACUGGCUGCUGUUCAAUUGGUACAACGCACGUAACUGCAUUUUGGCAGAUGAAAUGGGUUUGGGAAAAACAAUCCAGUCCAUCACAUUUCUACAUGAGAUAUUUCUGAAGGGAAUUCACAGCCCUUUCCUGAUUAUUGCACCUCUAUCAACCAUUCCUAACUGGGAGAGGGAAUUUCAUACAUGGACAGAAUUGAAUGUGAUUGUCUACCAUGGCAGCCAAGCUAGCAGACGGAUGAUACAAACUUACGAAAUGAACUUCAGGGAUUCACAGGGUCGUGUAAUAAAGGGAGCCUACAAAUUCCAUGCUGUCAUCACCACUUUUGAAAUGAUACUGACCGACUGCCCAGAACUGCGAAACAUUCAGUGGCGUUGUGUUGUCAUUGAUGAGGCCCACAGACUAAAGAACAGGAAUUGCAAGCUGCUAGAGGGGCUAAAAAUGAUGGACAUGGAGCACAAGGUUUUGCUGACUGGAACUCCUUUGCAGAACACUGUGGAAGAGCUAUUCAGCCUGUUGAAUUUCUUAGAGCCUGAACGAUUCCCUUCAGAAACCACCUUCAUGCAAGAGUUUGGAGAUCUGAAAACUGAGGAGCAGGUGCAAAAACUCCAGGCUAUUUUGAAACCAAUGAUGUUGAGACGCCUAAAGGAGGAUGUGGAAAAGAACUUGGCACCAAAGGAAGAAACAAUCAUUGAGGUGGAGCUAACUAACAUUCAGAAGAAAUACUACCGUGCUAUUCUGGAGAAGAAUUUUGCCUUCCUUUCAAAAGGGGGACCUGGUGGUGGUGGUAGCAGUGGUGGUGGGAAUGCUAACAUACCUAACCUUUUAAACACUAUGAUGGAACUUAGGAAGUGCUGUAACCACCCUUACCUUAUUAAAGGUGCUGAAGAGAAAAUUCUGGAUGAGUUCAGGGAGACUCAUCAUACAGAUUGUCCAGAUUUUCACCUCCAGGCAAUGGUCCAGGCUGCUGGAAAGCUAGUGCUGAUUGACAAGCUGCUGCCAAAAUUGAAGGCUGGUGGCCACAGGGUGCUUGUCUUUUCCCAGAUGGUGCGCUGCCUGGACAUUUUAGAGGACUACCUCAUCCAGAAAAGGUACCCGUAUGAGCGCAUUGAUGGUCGAGUGAGGGGUAACCUUCGACAGGCAGCUAUAGACAGGUUUUCCAAACCAGAUUCUGACAGAUUUGUCUUCCUGUUGUGUACAAGAGCAGGUGGUUUGGGUAUUAACUUAACUGCUGCAGAUACCUGCAUUAUCUUUGAUUCAGACUGGAACCCUCAAAACGACUUGCAGGCUCAGGCACGAUGCCACAGAAUUGGGCAGAGGAAAGCUGUAAAGAUAUAUCGUUUGAUAACCAGGAAUUCCUAUGAAAGGGAAAUGUUUGAUAAGGCCAGUUUAAAACUGGGUCUGGAUAAAGCUGUCCUCCAGUCCAUGAGUGGGAGAGAGAAUUCUGCUAAUGGGAUGCAGCAGCUUUCGAAAAAGGAGAUAGAAGAUCUCCUUCGCAAAGGAGCCUAUGGUGCCUUGAUGGAUGAGGAGGAUGAAGGAUCCAAAUUCUGUGAAGAAGACAUUGAUCAGAUCCUGAAGAGGCGAACACAGACCAUUACUAUAGAGUCUGAGGGAAAAGGAUCCACUUUUGCAAAGGCAAGCUUUGUAGCAGCUGGAAACCGAACAGAUAUUUCUUUAGAAGAUCCUGACUUCUGGCAAAAAUGGGCUAAAAAGGCAGAGCUGGAUAUGGAAGCAAUACAUGGAAGGAACAACCUGGUGAUAGAUACACCCAGAAUCAGAAAACAAACCAGACACUUUAGUUCAAUCAAGGAGGAGGACAUGAUGGAAUUUUCAGAACUGGAAAGUGACUCUGAGGAAAAGCCUAGUUUGAAACCGCGUCGACCUCAGGACAAAUCCCAGGGAUACCCGAGGACUGAGUGUUUCAGGGUAGAGAAGAACCUGCUUGUUUAUGGCUGGGGAAGAUGGACCGAUAUCCUGUCUCAUGGGCGGUUUAAAAGGCAGUUGACAGAACAAGAUGUAGAAACCAUCUGCCGUGCUGUCCUUGUGUACUGCCUUAAUCAUUACAAGGGAGAUGAAAAUAUCAAAAGCUUCAUUUGGGAUCUGAUCACCCCUACUGAAGAUGGGCAGACCAGAGCACUCCAGAACCACUCGGGACUGUCUGCUCCAGUGCCCAGAGGUCGCAAAGGAAAGAAGGUUAAAACCCAAUCCGCUCAACCUGUCUUACAGAAGGCAGGUUGGUUGGCAACCUGCAAUCCUGACACACUCUUUCAGGAGGAUAGUUACAAGAAGCACCUGAAACACCACUGUAACAAAGUCCUGCUGCGAGUCCGCAUGCUGUACUAUCUCAGGCAAGAAGUUAUCGGCGAUCAGGCAGACAGUAUCUUAGAGGGCACAGAUUCAAGUGAAAUAGAUGUUUGGAUUCCUCAGCCGUUCCAUGCUGAACUGCCUGCUGAUUGGUGGGAUAGAGAAGCAGAUAAAUCUCUCCUCAUUGGAGUCUUUAAACAUGGGUAUGAAAAAUACAACUCUAUGCGGGCCGACCCAGCUCUCUAUUUUUUGGAGAGAGUUGGGAUGCCUGAUGCCAAGGCCAUUGCUGCAGAACAGAGAGGAGCUGACAUUAUGGCAGAUGGUGCUGAUGGGGGAGACUUUGACAGAGAAGAUGAGGAUCCAGAAUACAAGCCAGCCAGAAUGCCCUUUAAGGAUGAAAUGGAUGAGUUUGCAAACUCUCCUUUGGAUGAUAAAGAUGAAGCCAUGGAUGCUGAAAUUGCUGGCAAAUCGGGUGAAAACGCAGAAUUGGGAAAAUUGUACUGGCCCAGUGCUUCCGCCCUGACAACCAGACUGAGACGCCUUAUCACAGCUUAUCAGCGGAGCUACAAGAGGGAGCAGAUGAGACAGGAAGCCAUGUCUAAGACUGACCGCCGGAGACGACGGCCCAGGGAGGAAGUGAGAGCCUUGGAAGCGGAGAGAGAAGCCAUUAUAACAGAGAGGCGUCAAAAGUGGACCAGGAGAGAGGAAGCUGAUUUCUAUCGUGUGGUGUCAACAUUUGGUGUUAUAUAUGAUGCAAGCAAGCAGCGGUUUGAUUGGAACCAAUUCCGAGCCUUUGCGCGACUGGAUAAGAAGACUGAUGACAGUUUGGAGAAGUACUUCUACUCCUUUGUGGCUAUGUGCAGAAGGGUGUGCCGUAUGGCCCUGAAAUCAGAUGAAGAGCCACCAGAUCCCACAAUCAUCAUUGAGCCUAUCACAGAGGAGCGUGCCUCCAGGACUCUGUAUCGUAUUGAGCUCAUGAGAAAGAUCAGAGAGCAGGUCCUUCCCCACCCAGAGCUGGAAGAGCGGCUCAAGUUAUGCCAGGCCAGCCUCGACCUUCCCGAGUGGUGGGAGUGUGGCCGCCACGACAAGGACUUGCUGGUGGGCGCCUGCAAGCAUGGAGUAAGCAGAACAGACUACCAUAUCCUGAACGACCCUAAUCUUUCCUUCUUGAAGGCCCACAAGAACUUUGCUCAGAACAAAAGCAGUGGCCAGUUUAGCGGCACUCCCCUACUCAGCCAGACCCCUUUGCUGGAUCCAUCUACACUCGCCUCCCAGAGCAAAAAGGAAGAGGACCAAGACCAGCCCAUAAAGCUAGAGGGGGCUGGGGUUCAGGAACUGGAUGAGAACAAAACUGAAGUGGGAUCUCCAAAGACAAAGGUGGAAAAGGAGAAUGGGGAUGAAAAAGCAAGUAAUGGAGAGAUGGUACUUGCUGAAGAUUCAGAAUCUGCUCUUGAGAGAGUCAUAUGUGAAACAGAAACAGCCCCAGAGGACCCAGAAGCACUUGCAGAGUUGGGGCCAAAAUCCCUCUCUGAGAAGGGCUCUGAGGAAGAUGAGGAUAAGAUGGAUGAUGAUGAUAAAUCUGAGGAAUCCUCCCAGGCUGAAGCUGGUGUAGCUUCCCAGGUUAAGAACUUUGAUGAAGAGAGCAAUGCAUCCCUUAGCACAGCUCGCGAUGAGACUCGAGAUGGUUUCUACGCAGAGGAUGGGGAAACCUCGAUGGCUCAGAUUCUUCACGAUAGAUCGUACUCCUUUUCCUUCUGGCCUAAGGACCGGGUAAUGAUCAAUCGGUUGGAUAAUGUCUGUGAGACAGUGGUGAAGGGGAAGUGGCCCGUUAACAGGCGUCAGCUGUUUGAUUUCCCUGGCCUGCUCCCUGGCUACAUUCCCUCAGUUAUAGACAGCCCUUUGCAGAGGAGGAGCUUCGCCGAGCUCUCCAUGGUGGGCCAGGCUAGUUACAGUGGCAGUGAGGACAUCGCACAGUCUCCACAGAUUUCAAAGCAGGAAGAUGCACUGAGCAUGCCUGUUCCCCGGCAGCGCAGGCGACGAAGGAGGAAGAUUGAGAUAGAGGCCGAGCGGGCUGUCAAAAGGAGGAAUCUGAUGGAGAUGGUGGCCCAGCUACGAGAGUCCCAUGUGGCCUCAGAGAGCCAUGACAAAGCUGUGGACUUAACAAAGGCCUUCCGAGAAGCAACCGGUUCUACCUCAAAUCUGUCUGCUGUUGCUUCCAAGUUUCUGUUGCCCAAUGCCUCCACCCCUACUCCCAAUGCCUUUAAAACACAAUUUGAGUUGCUGCAAGCUGGCUUUUCAGGCACACCCACCAGACACCUGAUGAAUGGCUCAAUCCUGGAUGGGGACCUACCCACAAAAAGGAGGAGAGGCCGCAGGAAAAAUGUUGAGGGUCUUGAUCUACUUUUCAUGGCCAACAAGAGGGCAUCAUUAAGUGCUGAGGAUGUAGAAGUGACCAAAGCUUUUGAGGAGGGAGUGCAGACCCCACCGCAACCACUGAGAAACAUUCCAUCUCCUGGUCAAUUGGACCCGAAUGCUCAUAUACCUGUCAUUAACUUAGAAAAUGGGACCAGGCUGGUGGGAGAAAAUGCUCCCCAAAACAAGGACUUGGUAGAAUGGCUAAAACAGCACCCCACUUACACUGUUGACAUGCCAAGUUAUUUACCAAAGCCUAAGCAGAAGAGACAUCGUUGUCGAAACCCCAAUAAGAUAGACAUUAACACUUUGACAGGAGAGGAGAGGGUGCCUGUAGUAAACCGCAGGAAUGGGAAAAAGAUGGGUGGAGCUAUGGCACCUCCAAUGAAGGACCUACCAAGAUGGCUUGAAGAAAAUCCAGAAUUUGUAAUUGCACCUGACUGGACAGAUAUCGUUAAGCAGUCGGGCUUCCUUCCAGAGUCCAUGUUUGACCGCCUUCUUACUGGACCGGUGAUGCGAGAGGAAGGAACAGGUCGCAGAGGGAGAAGGCCAAAGAGUGAAAUUGCCAAGGCGGCGGCACACGCAGCUGCAGCUGCAGCUGCAGCUGCCACAGCCUCCUCUUCAGGCAUCAACCCCCUGCUGAUGAACAGCCUGUUCGCAGGGAUGGACCUCACCAGUUUGCAGAACCUUCAAAACCUGCAGAGCUUGCAACUGGCCGGCCUCAUGGGAUUCCCGCCUGGCCUGGCCACAGCCUCUGUGGGAGGGGGAGGUGAUGCUAAGCAUGCAGCCGGUAUGCUGCCGCUGAUGCUACCUGGGAUGGCGGGGCUGCCCAACAUGUUUGGACUGGGUGGGCUCUUCAACAACAACUUGGCUGCUGCAGCAGUAGCUACUUCCAGCACUGCCUCCACAACAGGGGAGGCAGAGGAAGGGACAUCCAAGAUCGAAGAGAAGGAUGAAGAGAGUGAAGAUAAGGACUCUGACAAGUCUUGUGAGGUCUCCAGUGAAACGAACCGCGAAGGCUCUGCUAAUGCUGCUGCUGUUUCUGCAGCAGCAGCUGCUACUGCUGCAGCUGCUGCGAUGUCCACCAACCCUCUAGCCUUCAACCCAUUUCUGCUAUCCACUAUGGCUCCUGGUCUCUUCUACCCCUCAAUGUUUCUGCCCCCCAGCUUGGGAGGGCUCUCCCUCCAUGGGUUCUCACAGGCCACACUGGCUGGACUGCAGAAUGCUAUGGGCGGAAGUGGUAGAAGCAAGGAUAAAGAAGCUGACACUGAUGCCGAUCUUGGUACCAAGGAGGAAGAUGGGGUAAACGCCCUGGAAGACAGUGAUACGGAUGAGAGCCAGAACAAAACUGCAGAUUCCUCAGUGCUAGAAGAUGAGUUGGGCCCCUGUGAGGAGGUGGAUUCGCUUGACGGUGCAGAGGUGGUGGAAGAGGAUGUCAAUGAUGAAUAAAAAAAAAAAAACGCAUGAGCUUCCCACUCCUUCUGCUUCUCUGUUUCAAGAAGUGUUUUAAACUUUUUGACAAUUGGUUAGUCCUAAUGUUUACAUGCCAAUACAAUAUCCAAACUUAUUUUGGCUUUAUUGGCAUCUUUGUUUUUUUAAAGCAAAAAUUUAAAAAAAACAAACAGAAAAGCUGUCUAACAAGUGUAGCAAAAACGAAGUCCUGUUGCACAGAUGUUAAACUUGUUUCUUGGUUCUUAAGUAUUGUGCAGUGCAUUACUUGUUAUCCUAGGAGGAGUAAUGAAAUUUAAAUUUUUAGGAAAUUGUCAUAAUAAAGCUCUGCUGUUUUUUUCCUUACCACUGGUAUUAUGUUGACGAGCAACAAUUUAAUCCAGUGGUAUACAGUUUUAACAGCAUUAAUAACUGCUGCUGAAAAGGAAAAUGAAGAUGUAUAGCUAACUUUUUUUUUUUUUCCCCCAAUUUUUUUGCUGUGAAGAUCAGGAUGAAAUUCAAACAUAUCAUGUCCACAGACUCUUAUUGUUGAGUUUCACAAUCUAAACAGAAGUGUGAAGGUGUUGACCUGGAGGCGCAGCAAUAACUAAGGCAGCUGUUGAAUGUUAGAUUAUUCUCAGAAUAAAAACACCUGAAGGGUGACCAUAAGAUAAAAACUACAGUCAAUUUGUCUCAUUGUUAAUGCACUGGUAUGAACUAUAUAAUAAAAAAAAAAAAAACAUUAAAAAAAAAAAAAAAAAAAAAUCAGGUACAUUUCUCCUAAUGAAAGGACUUGUGUUACUUUAGCCACAAAGCUAAACAGCAUUACCUCAAUUCUAUCUAGCCUUGAAGUUUACAGACAUGACUUUGUAAAUGUUUGUUUUUUCUUUCUUUGUGAUGUUGUUGUUGUUUUAUUUUAUUUUACUAUCAUGUAUGAUGAGAUGUAAAUUGCUGCCAACUGUAGUAAUGAUACUUUUAAUAAAAGUGACUUUUGAUAUUCGUCUAGGAAACCAAAUCAGAAUGUAUGUGGUCUUUUAUAUAGGUUUCUUGGAAACUCAUUGUGAUCUAGCCUCUUGUAAUAAACUGUAGUGUUUGUUAAAUGCACCUCUGAUGCCCCUUUUUGUGUAUGUAUGAGACAAGAAGUGAAGAAAAUAAGAGUUUCACAUCACAGGCAAGGGAAUAAACAUUUUCAUAAGAGCAAUAUAUUACAGGUUAUUCAUACUGCUUUAAGCAUCAGGCUAGUAAAUGUGUUUUGUUUUUUGUUUUGUUUCCUGCAUAUACUAAAUACCUUAAGGGAAUAGAUUUCUUUUGUACAAUAAAAUGUUACUGAAACAAU